UUUCUUUCUUUCUUUCUUUCUUUCUUUUAUUUAUUUAACUAAUUGACAUGGUUGAUUUCUCACAAAUAUUUAAAGCAACAUAUUCAGGAGUUCCUGUUUAUGAAAUGAACUGCAAAGGUGUUGCUGUGAUGCGUAGAAGAUCUGAUUCUUAUUUAAAUGCAACACAAAUAUUAAAAGUAGCUGAUUUUGAUAAACCACAACGUACUCGUAUUUUGGAAAGAGAAGUUCAAACAGGUGAACAUGAAAAAGUGCAAGGAGGCUAUGGAAAAUACCAAGGCACUUGGGUCCCAUUUGAGCGUGGUAAAGCACUUGCAGAAUUAUAUGAAGUUGAUGAUGUAUUAGCUCCUAUACUUCAAUUUGUAAAAGGUGAUGAAAGUCCUCCAUUAGCACCAAAGCAUGUUACUGCUGCUACUGUACGGCCACGAAAAGCGCGUGAUACGUCAACUGCCACAACGACAACUCGAAUUAGAAAACGGGUUAAACAUUUUGAUGAAGAUGUACCGGAUAUUGAAAUGCAAAAUACAUCUCGAUUGACUAAUGCAGCAGCAGCAGCAGCAACGACGACAACAACAACAGCAACAGCAACAGCAACAACAACAGCAACAGCAACAACAGCAACAAUACCAUUGGUAAAAAAUGAAGAUCACACACCAAUUGCUUCUUCUCCUCUAGCUAACACUACGACAACAAAACGAACGAAAAUGAAGAAAGAAUCUAAAGAAAAGACGAAUACAACCCUCAGAUCACAUCAUUUAAAAGCAGAUUCAAGUACUCUCAACCCAGAUAAAAAAUCAGCACUUCAUAUGAAACAAGAGGAAGAUACACAAAGGACAAAGGAGGAGGAUGCUGAAGAAGAUGACCCUGAAAUGAUUGGAAAGCCAUAUGCCCAACGUUUACUUCAGUAUUUCAUGUCAAAUAAAACAACCGUUCCCACUCUCCUAAGUCGACCUCCACAUGAUCUCGAUUUAAACGUAAUUAUUGACGAUGAAGGUCAUACUAGUCUUCAUUGGGCGGCUGCUAUGGCUCGUAUUAAGAUUGUGAAAACACUCUUAGACAAUGGAGCUGAUGCUUAUCGUGUUAAUUAUAAGGGUCAGACCGCUCUCAUGCGUUCUGUAUUAUUUACCAACAAUUUUGAUAUGAAGACCUUUGAUGCCCUGCUUGAUCUCUUACGUACCACCAUUUUUAAUAUUGAUAAAAAGGAUCAAACCGUCUUUCAUCACACAGCAGCCAUGUCAGACUGGAAGGGUAAAGUCUAUGCCUCGCGUUAUUAUAUGGAAUGUUUAAUCAACAAACUUAAAAGCAAUCAAUCUGAAUUGAUUUCUAUUUUAAAUGUACAAGAUACGAAUGGUGAUACAGCAUUGACGAUUGCAGCCAAGAUUGGUAAUAGACGAUUGAUCAAACUCAUGAUAGAUGCAGGUGCUAGUACAGAGAUUGCAAAUGAACAAGGUAUGACACCUCGAGACUACUUUAGUGAAAUUGAGAAAAAUACGAUAAGGGCAUCACCUCCUUUAGUAUCGGCUUCAUCAUCACCCAGUGAGAUGAAUACGACUAUUUUGAAUGAAACUGAUACACGUGAGCUAUUAAGAUCGAAGGUAGAUGCUAUGUUUAGAAACGUCAUGAGCAAUCCUAACCAUGCACAACCUAUAUCAGAGGUAUUUGAUGAGUUUGCUGAGAGUUAUGAAAGAGAUCUUGUGAAUAAGGAGAAAAUGAUUGAAAAAAAGAAAAUUGAAUUAGAUUUACACAGAAAGCGGUUAGAAGAGACAAAGCGUGCGUUAAAUUCGAUAGCAUUCGAUCAUAUUGAAGUGAAUGCUCUUUUAAAAAGGAUAGAUAAUGAAGGUAAAGCGUUAGAAACAAAAUAUCGAAAAUGGCUUCAAUAUAGUCAAAAGCAAACGAUACACAUGCUUGAAGAAGAUUAUCAUCAUCAACAAAAAGAGGAAAAGCCGCCUUCCCCACCUCAGCAAUACACUAUUCAAGGAUUACAAGAUAAAGCUACUGAACUAAGCAAUGAGUUGAAAGAGUUGCAAACAUCGAGAAAGAAAAUAAUGAAUAAAUUGAUUGAAUUGCAAUGUCAAUUGCCACCAAAGAAAUAUCAAGAUUAUAAGCGAUUAAUCUCUACUAGUUGUAAUGUUGCAUAUGAAAAUGUCGAUAUGAUGUUGGCGCCACUUUUAGCAUCAUUUGAUAAUGAAACAACGAUUCAUGAUGAGCCAUUACAGCAACAAUAAGAAGAAGAACGUUAUUACGUAUAUAGUAUACAUAUUCCCUUUAUAUUUUUUUUUUAU